ACGCCGCCGGACUCGGCGAGCUCCGUUUGUUGUGGACAUUCCCCCGCGCUCCCACGCCGCGCCCUCAGCCCUUCGGACUCGGGGCGGGGCCCACUCCGAUCGCUUCUGCCGCCCUCGUCCGCGUCCUCGACGGAUGCCCCCAGCAUGUCCUGGGGCUCCGGGGCCACGGUGUCCUGGGCGGAGCGCAGCUGGGGAGCCGUGCCCGUGCCCUCGUACCAACACGAUGAUCUGGCGCGCUACCAGCAGCAGCAGCUGGCCGACAAGGAGAAGCGCCUGCUGCAGGUGUACGCCGAGCAGCGCGCCCAGCAGGAGCGAGCCUUCCAGCGAGUCAGCCAGGCCGGCAACGCGGCCGGGUCGUUGUCGUACAGCCACGGCAGCGCGGGCAGCUCGUCGUCCAACGCGAGCCAGUCCUCGCAGAGCUCGCUGCCCUGCGGGAAGGUGCGCCAGCUGUUCGAGGGCCGGCGCAACGGCCAGCACGGCGCCGGCAGGGACCGCGGCGCCCCCCUCGCCCCGCUAGAGGGCCGCACCAGGGCGCCCGCCCUGGGCUUCGCCACCAGGAGCAACUCCAACGUCAACCUCAGCCAGACCUACCACUUCGGCCAGCACCACCGCUACCCGCCGCGGGGCCACUCCCUGGACCGCGACCUCCGCCACCGACAGGGCGACUGGGCGCUGCGCGGCCGGCAGCGCGACUACGCCAGCGACUCCUCCGACGGCGGCGAGUCUCCGCCCCCGUACGACCGGGACAUCCGAGACGGCCGAGACGGCCCGCACUACCACGAGGACUUCCGCAUCCUCAACCGGCUGCCCAACGUAGGCGGCGCGCUCCUGUCGCAGUCUCAGCCUGCCAUGGCGCCCCCCGGACGGCUCUCCGCCCCCGGCACCGUCGCGGGCCGCCGCCCCCCGGGCCCCGCCGCGUCUAACGAGAACGCGCCGCCCCCGCCGCGACCCGGAGCCACGUCCAGACUGCCCGGGCCCGCUGCAAGGAAACCCCUGGGUGGUGGCGUUGCAGGCGCGGCUGCCCCGCGCGUGGCGCCACUGCGUCCGUCCUCCGGCCAGCGGUCCGCACCCACACCCACAGGGCCGGCCGCCCCCGCCGCCGUGCAGCCCGCCACCGGCCUGGCCCGCGCACCUGCACGCGCUCCCGUCCGCGCGGCCGCCACCCGGAACGGUAGCACCGCCGUCAACGCCGUCAGCAACGGCGUGGCGCGGGCCACCCCAGCCACCACGGCGACCAGCAGGGUACCCGCGUCCCCCCAGAGGAUGGCCGGCGCCCGCGCCGCGCCGUCGUCCGGGGGCGCGUCCACCCCCCGCGGGGCCCAGGGCGGCGGCGUGGCGGCGCCCCAGAAGGACGACGGGCUGGUGUCCUGCCCGGUGUGCAGCCGCCGCUUCCUCCCCGACCGCGUAGCCAAGCACCAGGAAAUCUGCAACCGCUCCACGCACAAGAAGAGGAAGGUCUUCGACCCCGUGGCCGCGCGCGUCAAGGGCACGGAGGCCGAGAGCUACGUGCGCCGCGCAAAGAACGCCCCAGAACCCAAGGCACUUAAAAAUAGCAACUGGAGGCGUAAGCAUGAGGACUUCAUACAAACUAUUCGUGCAGCGAAGCAAGUCCAGUCACACAUUGCCAGUGGAGGAAAGCUGUCAGAUUUGCCGCCCCCUCCUCCAUCGGAUUACUCAGAUUAUGUUCCUUGCCCUCAUUGUGGAAGAAAGUUCAACCAAACAGCAGCUGAUAGGCACAUACCAAAAUGUGCCACCAUGUUACACAAUAAAUCCAAGCCAGGUCUGUCUAAAUCAACUGUAGGAAAAGGUGCAGCAAGCCGUCGCUGAACUGUUCAGGACAUGAUCUCAUCUGAAGAACUCAAUGGAUACUUUAGCAUCAAAUAACAUGGGUCCAAACAGUGUGUAAACAUUAAAAACACUCAUGGAUAACAACUUUCAUAUAUAUCAUUUUAUCAUGGUACAAUACUUCUUUUCCUCAAAAAUAAAAUAGAUGAUUAGUGGAAGAAUUUCAAUGACAUGUCUUUAAUGCCUUUACUGUUAAUUAACUUAUUAAAGACUAUAUCUGAUAUGUACAAAGACAAUCAUUGUUUCUUGCCAACCGGUAAUGGCAUUACACACCUCUGCAAGGGCAUGCAAAUUGAACUAAAAAUUUUGCAUUUGACUGAAUUUUGUACAAUAAUAAAGUGCAGCAGGCUGAUGACAAUUGUGAUUUUGAAUUAUGUGAUGGACUUAACAUGUUCACUCUUGAGAGAGAAUCAUACCCUUGUUCAUCCAUAUGUUUAAACACGGGUGUUAAAUUUCUUAGUAGAGAAUGUGUUAAGCUAAUAUAUCUUAAGUGUAAAAUUAUAUUUGCACAUGAGAAGUAUCUAAGAUAAUCUAUUAUGAGUGAAGAACAACUGACACCAUAAAAUCUAGACAUAGUAGCUUAAGACGUUCAUUCUCGCUUUAACAAAAGAGCUUAAGUACAUAAUGCUUCCUGGUGAAAAGGCGCUAUUGCAUCAAAGGCAAAACCACAAAUGCUAACAAAAGAAAAGAAAAGAACUUCAACACUGUAGAAAAAUAAUUAAAUAUGUAUAACAAACAUCAAUGGGUUCCAAAUAUUCCUCAAGAAGAAAAUUUGAGUUGCACUAUGAGCAUAAGGAUAUUUCUGUAAAAAUCUUCAGCAGUUAAAUGUGCUGUGUUCUAUUGAGUGGACUAGAUUUAAAGUUAAGCUCUAAUAUUAAACAUGAGUGAAGCGAUCAUAAGAUGGUUUGGAGGAACUGUGAUGAGGAACAAACAAUCUGAGUAAAAUUAAGUUAAAACUGUGAUGCUAUGCAAGAAAUUAACUUGAAAUGUAAAGGCUGUGAAUCAGGCACACAGCACCUAGACAGAUAGAGACAUUAACCAUGGCAUGUAUUCUUUGCAAGAUUCAUAAAAUAAAGUGGCCUCGGAAAAAUU